AUGUUGCCGCUCAAAGAUAUUGUCGUGCUAGAAAUGGCUGGCCUAGCGCCAGCUCCUUUUGCAGGAUUAAUUCUAUCAGACUUUGGCGCAAAUGUCAUACGGAUUGAUCGUCCUAGUUCUUUCAACACAGACGUGUUAACCAGAGGUAAACGAUCCGUAGCUUUGAACUUGAAAAACAAGAAUGCCAUCGACACAUUACUCAAAAUGUGCGACAAGGCAGAUAUUCUCUUGGACCCUUUUCGUCCUGGUGUCAUGGAGUCACUGGGUCUUGGCCCUGAGAUCGUCUUGAACCGAAACCCCCGCUUGAUUUAUGCAAGAUUAAGCGGGUAUGGUCAAACAGGAUCCAAGGCAGCUGGUCAUGAUAUCAAUUAUUUGGCAAUGUCUGGUGCUUUAAAUAUGAUAGGCAGACAAGGUGAGGCACCUUUCUUUCCUAUGAAUCUAUUAGCUGAUUUUGCUGGUGGCGGUCUUUUGUGUGUCAUGGGUAUUUUGGUGGCUCUCAUUGAAAGGAGCAAGUCUGGUAAAGGACAGGUUGUAGAUGCCAAUUUGACAGCAGGCACAUCUUAUCUAAGUACAUUCCCAUUCUUGAUGCAAAAGUAUGGCCUCGUUUGGGAAGAUGAAAGAGGAACAAAUACAUUAGAUGGAGGUGCUCACUUUUAUGAAACUUACAAGACGAAAGAUGAUCUAUAUAUAGCAGUAGGAGCUAUCGAGCCUCAUUUUUACUCUUGUCUCUUGGAUAAGUUGGGCCUUGACCAAAAUGAAUAUGGACCAAAGCAGUAUAACAAGGAAGAAUGGCCAAUGAUGAAAAAGAAAUUUCAAGAAAUCUUUUUACAGAAGACUCAGAGUGAGUGGAAUGCUAUCUUUGACGGCUCCGAUGCUUGUGUAACUCCCGUCUUAUCAUUCCAAGACAAGACAGCUCCUGCACCUCAACCAGCACCUGUUCUUUCAAGAACGCCUGCUCAUCAAGUGGAUUAUAGUCAAGAACCUUCAUUUUUGCAACCAGGAAAGCAUUCGAUACAUGUCUUGAAAGAGUUUGGUAUUUCAUCAAACGAAAUUCAAGCCUUGAUUGCAACCAAAUCCUUACUCGAUAAGAGUUCACACCUAUGA